AUGGAAAAUAGAUCAAGUGUUACCACAUUCAUUCUGGAUGGCUAUGUUGCCAUGGACCAGCAGAAGCAUUUGUUCUUUUUUAUUUUUCUCCUACUCUAUGCUACAAUUGUGAUACUGAACUCACUUCUGAUUGCCAUUAUCUGUUUUGAAAGAACACUGCAUAAUCCAAUGUAUAUCUUUGUUUGCAAUCUGUCAUGUAAUGGCAUCUAUGGCAGCACAAGUUUGAUUCCUCAUCUGUUAUUUCAUCUCUCUACUGAGGGGCAUAAAAUAUCUUUAACAAAUUGUCUCAUACAAAUCUUCUGUUUACAUACUUACAAUAUUAUUGAGCUAACUAUAUUGGCCUUUAUGAGCUAUGACCGUUAUAUUGCAAUUUGUUACCCACUUCACUAUCAUGAUAUGAUGUCAACAAAAAAGCUACAUGUUUUUCUCAUUUUUGCAUGGACUUAUCCAUUAGCUACGUUUCUGGUAUAUGAGUCAUUCACAAUACGCUUCACCUUUUGCAGAGAAAUUAUGGAUAAAACACACUGUGUUAAUUUUGAACUCGUAAGACUAUCUUGCACAGACAUCACUAUCCAUAGCAUAAUUGGACUUGGUCUAAUAGCUGUUUUCAUAAUUCCACAGAUUAUAAUGAUUUUAUUUUCUUAUGUACAUAUUCUGCGUGUUUGCAUUUAUUCAUCCAAGGAAUGUCAAAUGAAAGCCAUCCAAACAUGUACACCUCAUCUUCUUGCUGUUUUGAAUUAUUUUCUUGGAAUAUUUUUUGAAAUAAUACAAAGUCGGCUAAAUUCAAGGUAUUUUCCAUAUGAAUUCCGGACUUUUAUGUCUUUAUAUUUUAUGAUAUUUCCUCCUCUGCUCAACCCAGUUAUCUAUGGUAUGAGUGGUCAGAUUAUAAAGAAACAUAUUCAGAAUCUUUUCUUUUUUAAAAACAUGCCUUCUUUAAAAAAAUAA